CGACACUGAACGAGAGAGUGAUCGCAUGGGUUGCUGCGGAGAAGACGACGACGAGCUCAUCGCUCCUCUUCUCUUGGCUAACCCUAACCCUAACCCUAACCCUAAUUCCUCAUCCUCGCUUGCAGUCCUCUCCCCUCUCAAUUCCAACUUCUCCGCCCUCCUUUCCGCCGAUGUCCUCCGCUCAAUCCUUGAGCGCCUGUCGCCGGCCGACCUUGCGCGGUCCGCUUGCGUUUGCCGCCUCUGGCGUGCCGUGGCGUCUGAGCGCGAUGUGCAGGAACGGGCGUUUAGGGCGCCGUGGGGCGUGCGCUGUGUGGUGGGUUGUCCUUCUUCUUCUGCCUUCUGGCGCCAUAAUGGAAUUGGGCGCUUUGCCAUUUCCCACCGCCUCCGGCGUGGAGACACUGUCCCCGGCCUCGCCCUCAAGUACUCUGUUCAGGCCAUGGACAUCAGGCGGUUGAACAAUAUGAUGAGUGAUCAUGGAAUAUACUCCAGAGACCGUCUUCUAAUACCCAUUAGCAAACCUGACCUUCUUCUUGACGCCACCUGCUUCAUUGAGUUGGACACCUAUGCGAAAAGAGAAGCUGCAGUGCUUUAUCUUGAAGGUGGCCCAGAUGGAAAAGGAGGAUAUUUGGGUAGGGCAAUCACAGAAAGAGGCAAACGAAGAAUACUUGAUUCAGUGAAGCGCAGUAUGCAAGUCGAUGAAGGUACUGCCGAGUACUACUUAUCUAUUUCUAAUGGCGAUCCCAGAGCUGCCAUUUUGCAAUUUUCUGAAGAUCUUAGCUGGGAACAGCAAAGAACAACCGCCUAAUCAAGGAAAACAAGGCACAGAUGAUUUAAAUUUAUGCUCUUAUAAGGUAGCAGUGCAUGAUCUGUUUCUUGGGUUUAAAAAAUAUAUAUGGACAUUCUAGGAAUCCAAUUAUCAGAUCGUUGUGCUUGCUGGUGAUUUGUGGUGGCUCUGUUCACUGGCUGGAAAAUAUAUGAUCCUUGGAUUGUAUAGAACCAAAUAUUGUUAUAUAUAUAUAUAUAUAUAUAUAUGUCGCCAUGGAUUGUGAAUAAAUUUAAUUGUUUAUAUGGUUAUGUUUUUAAAAUAAUUCCAGCAAGUUGAGUGGUA